UGUGGGGCUACUGGGAGUUUCCGACGGCUGUAGCGCACGUCUAUCCAGGGGAGCGCUUACUGUGUAGCACGACGAGCAGGAUAUUGGUAUUUUGUUACUGCGAAGACCUUCAUUGCUGCCAUUUCCUGAACAAAAGAGCAGUUGCACUCCAGAGUGACCAUGCCUCCUCCAAUGCGCCAUCGCUCAAUGCGCAUAUUCAUGAAUGAUGACCGCCAUGUGAUGGCCAAGCACUCAGCCAUCUACCCCACUCAGGAGGAGCUAGAAAGCGUUCAGAACAUGGUGUCCCACACAGAGCGUGCUCUCAAGUCUGUCUCUGAUUGGCUGGAUGAACAAGAGAAGGAGUCAUCCAGGUCUGACUCAGAUACCACUGAGACUGAGAAAGAAAGUGAACCCAAGGAGCAGGCCACCCGCUCUUUGCGUGGGGUGAUGAGAGUGGGCCUGGUGGCCAAGGGCUUACUUUUGAAGGGGGAUCUAGACCUGGAGCUGUUGCUUCUCUGUAAAGAGAAGCCCACUAUCAGCCUGCUGAAGAAAGUGUCAGAGAACCUUUCUGUGCAACUCCAGUCAAUCACAGAAGACAAGUAUGUGGUUAGCCAGCAAAUCCGUGAUGCCACCAUCGUCAUCAAGAACACCAAGGAGCCUCCCCUCACCUUAACUAUCCACUUGACGUCCCCCCUAGUCCGUGAGGAGGUGGAGAAGUUGGCUGCCGGAGAAACGCUUUCAGUCAACGAUCCUCCGGAUGUUCUGGACAGGCAGAAAUGCCUACGUGCCUUGGCGUCUCUCCGCCACGCCAAGUGGUUUCAGGCCAGGGCCAAUGGGCUGCGCUCCUGUGUCAUCGUCAUCCGCAUCCUGAGGGAUCUGUGCUCCCGUGUCCCCACAUGGGCCCCACUUCGUGGCUGGCCUCUGGAGCUGCUCUGUGAGAAAGCCAUUGGCACUGGGAACCGUCCUAUGGGGGCAGGAGAAGCUCUACGGAGAGUUUUGGAAUGUCUGGCCUCUGGAAUACUUAUGUCAGACUGUUCUGGAAUCUGUGAUCCAUGUGAGAAAGAGCUGACGGAUGCCAUUGGUCAUCUGGAUCGCCAGCAGAGAGAGGACAUUACUCAGAGUGCACAGCAUGCCUUAAGAUUGUCUGCAUUUGGACAGCUCCACAAAGUGCUUGGAAUGGAUCCCCUUCCUUCUAAGAUGCCUAAAAAACCCCGGAGUGAAACCCCCAUUGAUUACACAGUGCAAAUUCCACCCAGUACGACAUAUGCCCCACCAAUGAAGAGGCCCAUUGAGGAAGAAGAGGGAACAGAUGACAAGAGCCCAAACAAGAAAAAGAAAAAGCUGCAAAAGAAAUCCCCCGAUGAGAAGUCUGAGCCUGCUCAAGCCAUGAACGCCCUCAUGCGGCUGAACCAGCUGAAACCAGGUCUCCAGUAUAAGCUUAUAUCCCAGACUGGCCCUGUUCACGUUCCAGUUUUUACCAUGGCUGUGGAAGUUGAUGGUAAGACAUUUGAAGCCUCAGGCCCAUCCAAACGCACUGCCAAGCUGCACGUAGCUGUAAAGGUUCUGCAGGACAUGGGCCUGCCCACUGGGGUGGAUCUAAAGACUGCUGAACCAGUAAAAACAGAAGAGGUGGUUGCAGCAGCAGUAGCUGCCACCGUUGAAGAGUCAAAACCAGUGGUAAUUCCUGCUGAGCCUAAUCCGGCUGCCACAGGAACAGUCAAAACAGAAACCACAGAAACGGCAGAGAACGCUCGCCAACAGGGACCAAUCCUGACCAAACAUGGCAAGAACCCCGUGAUGGAGCUGAAUGAGAAGCGCCGUGGCCUGAAGUAUGAGCUUAUCUCUGAGACUGGUGGCAGCCAUGACAAGCGCUUCGUCAUGGAAGUGGAGAUUGAUGGCCAGAAAUUCCAGGGCACAGGAUCCAAUAAGAAAGUGGCAAAAGCAUAUGCUGCCCUGGCUGCUUUGGAGCGACUAUUCCCUGAAGGUUCGGUGACUGAGGCAGCUAAGAAGAAGAAAGGUCCACCCAUGCACCCCCCAAACUAUGGUGUGAUGGGAGGACCAGCAGGCUGUGAUGCAGGCAAUCUCAGAGGGCGAGGUAGAGGAGGACGAGGUCGUGGAAGGGGUAGAGGCUUCAAUAACGGGGGAGGCUACAGUCAGGGAGGUGGAUUCGGAACUUAUGGAUAUGGGAAUAAUGCUAACUCUGGAUACAGUGACUUUGUCUCAGACUGCUAUGGCUACCACGAGUUUGCAACAUAGAUCCUCCCCAUUGUUUAGAAAAUCAAAAACAAAGCUGUAGAAAGGACAGAAAAAUGGACAAAAAACUAUAUUGAUCCAGCAGCAUCACGAACACCCUUCACUACAAGUCCACAGCCCUGGGAAUACAGUCACAGCCACCCUUCUUUCCUGUUUGGCCAAUCCACAUGUUGUGUCUCAACACUUCGGAGAGAUGAGAGCAUGUAGCCAUAGUCACCUUCCAUUCCCUCAGCUUCUGCUAUGGAUGUAUCUGAACACCAGGAUCUUUCCAAAACUGCAGACUUGAUUUACAACAGAAUGCCCCCAAUUUGUGGAUUGGGAGCAAGGUUUUGCUCUUACUGGCUGGUGUGGGAGUUGUACAGCUACUACCUAUUGGAUGCUGUGAGGACCAUUACAGACUGGUUUCAAAUGGGUUUUGCUUCCAUACUGUUUACUCAAAAAGAAAUGCAGAAAUCCUCUGUGGCUGGUCAUAUUUCGAUACGUUGAUGCCUUUUCCUCACUUUCCCGUCAUUUUGUUAAUGUGUUUUGUUAUUUUUAAGGAAGGCCACAUUGUGUCCUAUGUGCUGUUAUCCAUAUCAACAACACCACUAAACCCAUGGCUACUGAAUGCAUGACGAGUACGCUAUUAGUCUUUUAAAGUGUUGAAUGUUUGCUAACCACAGUAUUAUCUGUGCAACAGCAGUAGUUAUGAACGGUAUUUGGUUGUCAGGAUAAAACGUUUGCACAAAAAGACAGAAAUUGAGUCUGUUGUAAGUUUGCCAAGGGAAAAAGUUUUGGUUUUAGUUAUGUCUUUAUGCAUGCUCAAUAAUCCAGGUUAGAAGAUCACAGGAAGUUGCAUCAGUUCAUCUGGACAUGUUUACUGAGCAAGAGAAAUGCGAGACAUUUAAUCCCUCCGUUGUCAAGUUGCUGAGCUUUUAUUUACAGAGAGGGGGCGCAAAAAGAACAGAACAGCCAAAGAAGAUAUGUGAUGAGAAUGGCAUUGCCUUUGUGAAACUAGGGAGUUUCACAACAUCAGAUGGUCUUCAUGGAGGCAAGAGACUUGAAAAUAUGGAGGCUAUUACCUGCCAUUCAAAUUCAAGUGGCUACAAGUGAUGACAGUGACCUAAAACAUAUCUGCACAGGGCGUUAUUCAGUGUUUCCUAGCCAACACGCUUGACACUGGAACCAUUUAACAGUUCACCUCCCUCAGGUUCCAGCAAGAUAAAAUUGACCAUUGGUGAAUGCAAAGAUGAGCUCAUGGUAGUUGCUUUACAGUGAAGGCAAGUGCAGGAAAGAGACUUUCAAAUGCCGAUGCUGACCGGGACAAGGCUGAUGUAUUGAGAGGUCUUAUUCAUGAGUUUGAAAGCAGAUAUGAAUCCCUUAAGUCAGUGUUUCCCAACCCAGUCCUCAAGGACCCCCUAUCCUGCAGAUUUUCUUUGCAACCCUGAAUAGGUACCUGUUUGUAGUUCUUCAACCAAUCAGCAAUGAAUUAUGUCAGAUGUUGCAGACCUUGCAUAAUUAAGUGCUGUGAGAUGAUUGGUUGAGUAAGUACAAGCAGGGCUACCUAUGCAGGGUCACAAUGAAAAUCUGCAGGAUAGGGGUUCCUUGAGGACUGGGUUGGGAAAUGCUGCCUUAAGUCAUGUGAUCAAUUUUUGAUCCUUCAACUUGGCUUCAAGAAAUGCAAGACCUCCACAGUUUUGGCAACACAGCACUUACUAACAUCCUCCAGAAAUAUGAGGCCAGCUUGUCUGUUGAGAGACUCCACUGAAAGAGAAUGGAUGCGUUUAAAGCAAGCAGGAAAACGUUUGGCGGCCUCUUUGUAUGACUUGGUCAACAAAGUGAAGAUAAGCAAUCCAGAUAGUUACUCCAAUAUUCAUAAAGUCCUUCUGUUGUCCCUUACACUGCCCUUGAGCAGUGCUGCCUGUGAGAGGGGACUUUCACAUCUCAGUAUAAUAAAAAGCAAGUACAGAUCCCACCUGUCAGACUCUCGCCUCUCAUCCCUGAUGCACAUCCAUUUGUCUUAAGAUGACAACAGUCUUGACCCGAAGCAAGCUGUUGACUUAUGGAUGCAAACAGCUCAUCACAGACUCAACCAGGGAGAAAAAAGUAGGCCUCCAUCCUCAUCUACCAUGUUUGAAAGAGAGGAAGACAGUGAGGAGAGCAGUCAGCAGGGUAGUGAUGACGACAGCUUGUAGGAUAACUGUGCCGUGUAAAGACUGAGUACCAAGCAACAUCUCCAGCUGCUCCCUUGAGAACCAGACCAAAAAAGUUAAGUGCACCCCUGCUCAUACAGCAUAUAACAGCUGCCCAAGCGUAAACCAGUUGUGAUUACGUAUGCGGCAGGAGUACCUGAAGAGUCGAGACAUGUAUUUUUCAAACCUCGCGUCUCAGUUGCUUUCAUUUCCCAAAACACACUAUUCCAGAAAUUAGUCCACCCCAAGGAUAGGGUACCCCGGCACAAACGGAGCAAUACAGUGUACGGGUGUAAGUGCCAGGAGGAUUGCUGUGACUCGUACAUCAGGGAAACAAAACACACUUGCCAAGAGGAUGGCGCAACACAGAAGCGCUAACGCGUCACUCCGCAGUCUACACCCAUCUACAGGCUAGUGGCCCUUCCUCCUUCAAGGAUGAGGAUUUGCCCCUUGAUGGGGAGGAACACUGGUUUGAACGGGGGGUCGAGACAGAUGAGGGACGAAGUAGGGCUGUCAAUGAAUAUUCCAAAUUUGACUAUAUAACCGAAUUGUAAAAAAACAGAACAAAAACAUUCAAAUGUGAAAUUUAAUAGUCGUUUGUGGGGGGGGGGGAGCACUACUGUGGCUGUCUGCCUCGCGAAUUCUCGUGAGAGCCUUGGCCGCUGCGCUGACUACGCUGCAUGACAGACAGGAGUUGGCUAAGAGUGCAUUUGUCGCCAUCUUAAAAUGCUGUGAUUGCAACCAUUUCCAAGUCCUCUAAAUAGUACACAUUGCUGUUGAAACUAAAGUGGUCACAGCAUUUUGCAUAUGAAACAGAUUGUUGUUAUCGGUCGUAUGUUACUGUAUUUAUAAGGGUGGGGAUACCUGCAGUCAGUUGAGACUGAAGAGUCACUUAGAUGAGUGAAGAAACAUUUCUCUCAGACGUUGUGACUGGAUGAACUGAUUCAACUUUCUGUGGUUUUGGUUUUAGUUAUGUUAUCGCUGUUUUUAAUAAAUGUGAUGUUGGCAUUCAGUUGUGUAACUCUGUUGUGGGAUUUCAAUAUUGACUUAAGUGCACAACCAUUGCAGGGUUUUUCCGUGGAUGUAUUAUAGUAGUUCUACAAUAAUAUAUCCAUAGGUUUUCCCUGGCUGAAAUUAAGGCGGAGGUGGUACCAUCCUGAUCAUGCGCACACACGUGCAUGUGUACCGUGCCUUCAACUGGCUCAAGCAAACACUUUUCUUCUUUUACAAGCAACCUAUUUUAGGAGUUCUAAUCAUUUUAUGAUUGAAGAAAAUUACAAUUAUCACGUUAAAGCAUGUUUUUUAAAAAAAAUAAAGUUGCUCUG